GAAAGUUUGUUCAGCUCUGUGUUUUUACGCAGGCGCAGAGCAUGCUGUCGGUCCAGUUUCGCUGGUUAACUUUUACCUCAGAGGUAGAUCAGAAGCCUCCCUCCCUGGUGCUCAUCAUUAAACAACAACAACGAGCCCCGAGAUCCAUCAAGCGGUGUGUUAUCUUUUGUUCGGGUUCACACACACACACACACACUCACUCACACACAUACACCGACCUCCCUCUCGGACGAUGUGACACCGGGGUCCCCACUGCGGAGCGGCCGGACGGGAUUUCGGUGGGCUUUCAGCCUCAGCACAAGCAAGUUUGCACAGCGGCAGGUGCAAAGGGCUUUCAUUUCCGCCAGCGACUCCUGCCUGGUGGAGGCUCGAUGCACGGUCGGGAAUCAACUAGUUGGCACCGCGACGCAUUGGAUAGUUCGGAUUGGUAUGCGGUCUAAGUAGACGACCAGCCCGCUGCCGACGUCCAGAUUUAAGGAUUGAUCGGCAGCCCGAAGAGUGCCUUUUUUUUAUUUUAUUUUUUUACUUUUCUUGCACUGCGAAGGUGGCAGCACAGGACCCCGGUUCUCCGAACCCACUCCGCGCGGUGUUCCGGUGCGCUCAGCCGCCACUACCGACCGACAAGGACAGACCCCUACCAGUGGUGGAUCCCAAAGAUGAUGGGCUUUCUGCGCCGAACGUUUAGCCGACGGAGACGGUUUCAGGCGACCGACCAGGACGAGGCGGACGGUCUCGGUGGUGGAGGAGGCGGGAGAGGGUCCACCGGGAACCCCCUGCUGCUCGCCCAUCAACAGCAGGUCGUCCAUGCCCCGGCGGUGGUGACCGGGGGAGCGGCCGUCCACAUCCCCGCGACGGGCACGGCCAGGACCACCAUCACCUGUCGCGUUUUACUACUGGAUGGCUCGGACGUCAAUGUGGAUUUGCCCAGCAAGUCAAAGGGCCAGGAGCUGUUUGACCAGAUCAUAUAUCAUUUGGACCUGGUGGAGGCCGACUACUUUGGGCUGCAGUACAUGGACUCUGAGCAGGUUUCACACUGGCUAGAUGUGUCCAAACUCAUAAAGAAACAGAUACGAGACGGCCCUCCGUACAGACUCUUCUUCAGAGUUAAGUUUUACUCUUCAGAGCCAAAUAACCUGCAUGAGGAAUUCACCAGGUAUCUGUUUGUGCUGCAGCUGCGACAAGACAUCCUGUCUGGCAAGUUGAAAUGUCCCUAUGACGUCUCCGUUGAGUUGGGGGCCUUUUGUCUAGAAAGUGAGCUCGGAGACUGUGAUCCGUCGGAGCACUCUCCCGAGCUGGUGUCGGAGUUUCGUUUUACUCCCAAACAGAGUGAGGACAUGGAGGCGGAUAUCUUCAACAAAUGGGUGGAGCUGAGAGGGAAGAGCCCGUCGCAGGCUGAGAUUUGCUUCCUCAACAAAUGCAAAUGGCUGGAGCUAUACGGCGUGGAUAUGCACUUUGUCAAGGGUCGCGACGGAGGGGAGUACGCGCUGGGCCUCACGCCAACAGGCAUCCUGGUGUUCGAGGGCUCCAGCAAGAUCGGCCUUUUCUUCUGGCCCAAGAUCACCCGUCUGGAUUUCAAAAAGAGUCGGCUCACCCUGGUGGUGGUGGAGGAUGACGACCAGGGCCGGGAGCAGGAGCACACGUUUGUGUUCCAGUUGGACAGCUCUAAAAACUGUAAGCACUUGUGGAAGUGUGCGGUGGAGAGCCACGCCUUCUUCCGGCUGCGACAGCCAGCCACGGGCAUGGCCAGCCAGAGUGACUUCACACGGCUGGGCUCGCGCUUCAGAUUCAGUGGGAAGACGGAGUACCAGGCCACUCAUGGCAGUCGAAUGAGGAGGGCAAGCACCUUUGAAAGGCGACCCAGCAAACGAUACCCCUCCAGAACACACUCCCUGGGGGGCAAAGGCGUGUCCCCCGCCAAGCCACUGCACAUCGGCUCCCAAGCUAGCCCUGACCCAAGCAUCCAUCCGUACCAGCGUAACAUUCCUUUGGGUCAUGAGGCCUGGAACGCCCCCCAGCCUGCUCUCAGCCCCCCCAUCUACCUGCAGCACUCGGGGCUCACGCCACCCCACAGUUUUCCUCUCAGCGGUCCUGACUCAGACCACCAGUUCAGCGUGGAGGAGAACGAGGCGCCGUAUGCUGGGAAGAUCCACCAGCAUCACCACCGGCGACACACACACAGCCAGGACACGCUCUGCCACACACACAGCAACACCAGGCACCGCGCCUCCCCUCGUCCGUGCGAUGGUGUGGAUGUCCCUCAGUCCCUCCGGAAGGCUCUGGAGACGGACAGCGACUCCAGCCCCUGGCCCUCGAUCCACAUCAACAUCGACAACAAGGCAGAGGACAAGCAGCUGUCUGAGAAGUCCUUGCACCCCCCUAGCACCCCAUGCCUGCUGCCUGACCACCUCAAGUGUAACAUCCUCAAGGCCCAGAUGGAGGCCGUGUUCAGGGAGCCUCCGACCACUCCGAGAGGGAAGGGCUCCAGUGACACCUCCAAUGAAAGAUACCAGAGCUCAUCUCAAGACUCGGCUGCAUCUAGUCUGACGGUAGAGAAGAACCCCCACUGGUCAGACUACAGCCGGACCCUGGACAGACCCCACCCCAACUCCUACAACAUCAACACCAACCGCAGGAAACGACUAGUCCGGCAGUACAGCUUUAACCAUGAAGAUGAGGAUAAUCUCCCAGAAGCCCUUGCAGCCAUCUCGGCCGAAAGUGCAACCAAGUCUGGUUCCAACAGUUCAUUAGACAGACAAAUACAGCCUCCGAUAUACCCACAGGUGGAUAAUAAGAUGCCAACAUUGGAGCUUGGCAGUUCCCGCUGUCCCUCUCUCUCUCCCUCCCCAAACCUGUCCCCCUCGUUCUUCCGCAGCUCCAUCCCACACCUAAUCCCCUACACUGCCGCCCAUAAUAACAGUGGAGAGGAGCGGUUGGACCGGGAGAAGAUUCUGCGGGCGCUCCUCAUGACGGAGCUCUGAGGCAUGACCCUUGACCUCUGAAGCGCGACCCUUGACCUAUGAGGUGUGACCCUCGACCUCUGAGGCGUGAACCUUGACCUCUGAGGCGUGACGCUUGACCUCUGAGGCAUGACCCUUGACCUCUGAGGCGUGACCCUUAACCUCCAUGACGUCAUUGCCCCAUGCGCACAAUGCAUUCCGCGAAUGAUAUAAACGUUUUUAUAUAUUUGUACAAAUGUACUUGGCUUAAUAGUUAUUCUAAGAGGAUAUUUAUAUAUAUGCUGUAUUAUGCAUUCACAUGAACUGUGAUGAUUUUAAAAGACUCACCAAAUGAUGAUUUUCAGAUUGCUCUACAUUUGCUUACAUGUAUGUUUUGAUUUGAUCUGUUAUAUAUAUAUAUAUAUUUACACUACCAUUCAAAAGCCAGGGGUCACCCAGUCAAUUUCAUGUUUUCCAUGAAAACUCACACUUUUAUUCAACAGUUUUCAGCUGUGCUAGCAUAAAUACUCAAGGGCAUUCUAAUAAUCAAUAAGCCGUUUAACACGAUUAGCUAAACCAUGUACCAUUAGAACACAGGAGUGAUGGUUACUGGCAAUGGGCCUCUGUAAACCUAUGUAGAUAUUCCAUUAAAAAUCUGCCGUUUCCAGAUAGAAUAGUCAUUUACCACAUUUACCACAUAAAAAUGUCCAGACUUCUGAAUAAUUUAAUGUUAUCUUCAUUGAAAUAACUGCUUUUCUUAAAAAAAUAAGGACCUUUCUAAGUGACCCCAACCCUUUGACCGGUAGUGUAUAUAUGUAUAUGCCAGCCAUUUGCAGAAUGUCAAGGGUUUUUAGACAUUCAAAACGGACGUGUAUGGAGGCAAAAACUAAUGACGUUUAUCUAAAUUAAAACAGAACCUUAAUUCGCUUUUUUAGAACUCAAUGUUUCAAGAUUUACCAGAUGACAUUUUACAAAACCAGUGACCGAAUUGAGGUUAACGAUCAGACUUGACAGAGAGGAGCCUGUGGGCUCCAUGGCGACAUUCAGGUAAACGGGGCCUAAUCACAUUGGUUUCCAGACAUAUUCACACCUAUUUUUAGAGGAGUGUGGGUGGAAGGGAAAACUGCAUGCAAGGUUUUACAUUUGGGUUGGCGCUUGGCCAAAGCUAGUCCUCCGACCCAAGAGGGAGACCAGUCCCUCUGAACAUGGGAUCCCCCCAGUGUGAACAGUCCCUCUGAACAUGGGGUCUCCCUGUUUUUCUCUACGUCACCGCCUACUGUAUCUUGCAUGUGUUUCCAUUAGCCUCAAUACUGCCGUCUCUUAUACAUUGUGUGAUUUGUUGUUGUCGUCGUUCAGUUGCAUGUGUGUUUUCAGGGUGGCUUUCUGGUCAAUCAUUGCACUCGACAUACAUGUCUAUUUCAAAGAGCUGAAUCAGUUGUUGACAAGAGAUUGGAUCAUCGGGACGGAUGAUGAGGUAACAGGUUGUAGCACAGAAGUGCAGUCUCACACUCACCAAUAGAUGUAGACAAAGCUACAGUUACAACUUGGUGUUAUUUCAGGUUGCAAUGACAAACAGAUGCACUAUGUAUGUCACCACAAUUUUGCACAGUCCAUAUUUUAUCCGCCCCAAAAAAAGAUUUCUGUUUUCUUUGCUUGUGAAAGGAUGGGAUGUUCAGAAUCAGGUUUCCCCAAACUUUCUGUCAACUUUCUGAAAACUUUGUUUUCCACUUCAUUAACUAGGGCAGUGUAACCACUAUUCUAAUAUACAUUUUACAUCUAUAUAUCUAUAAACAGAUAGAUAUCCAUUGAUAUAUUUGCUGUUACUGUGUAAUUUGUUUUUAAUUUAAUUCCAAAUA